ACCCAAAAGAAAAGGCAAACUGGCACUUGUAGCCUCUUAUUUCUCUCUCUCUCUUCUUUACCUCUUAUCUUCCCUCUUUAACUCAUAAGCCCCCAAAAGCAGAUCCAAGGUGAUUGUUAAUCUGUCAACUCAAAACCAUCAAUCAAUCAAUCAGUCAUAUCACAGCCCACAUAAUCUCCCAAACAAGAACAUGUCCAUCUCCUCCUCCACCACCUCUCCCACCAUCCCUCACCUCCUUCACCACCUCCCUCCACCUCCUUCAUGCUCCGAUCAGCUCUGCUGUGUUCACUGCACCAACUGUGACACCGUCCUAGCUGUGAGUGUUCCUUGCACCAGCUUGUUCAAGACAGUGACAGUCCGGUGUGGUCACUGCACCAACCUCCUGCCGGUUAACAUGCCUGGCUUGAUGAUACCACCGUCAGUGAACCAGUUUCAUUUUGGUCACAAUAAUAUCUUCGCUCCUUCUAGUCAUACACUUCUGGAUGAUCAGAUUUCAAAUGGGGCUUCAAACUUUCUGAUCAGCCAGAAUUAUACAGGUGAUUUUUCGCUGGCUGACCUGCGAGGAUUUAGGGAGCUUCCAAAGCCCCCUGUGACGAAUAGACCUCCAGAGAAGAGACAAAGAGUUCCCUCGGCCUACAAUCGAUUCAUCAAGGAAGAGAUUCAAAGGAUCAAAGCUGGGAAUCCAGACAUCAGUCACCGAGAAGCCUUUAGUGCUGCUGCUAAGAAUUGGGCCCACUUUCCACACAUUCACUUUGGUCUGAUGCCUGAUCAGACGAGUGCGGUGAACAAGAGCAGCAUGCGCCCACAGGAUCACACAGAUGUUGGUUUCAUGAAGGAUGGUUUCUUAGCUUCUGCAAAUGUGGGCGUUGCUCCGUACUAGUUACUCUAAACCCUACAUAAUUAACUUUAUCGGCGCAUGAAGUUAUCUACUUGUCUCUUCAAAUUUUAAUGUAACAACUGUUUCAAAUAUCACACUCCUUUAUGCUUCAAA